AUGAAAAACCGACUAUCGCUUUGUGAUUGGACAUUUCCCGCCGCCCAUGGGGUCGUGUGUUUACAUUCGGCGUCUGUAGACUCCCGCACUACGCCCGGGGAUACACCGGUCACGGCGAGUGUUGUGGUGAAAGUCGCUGGUGUAAGCGAACCGCCACGUCCUCACUCGCGCUACUGGAACUCGGACCAACUGCUGUCUAGGCAACUUUGCUACCGCCCACCACAUCAUGUUCUUGCUCGGGCGGGGCGUCGGGUGUGGAAAAGAGUUGGAGUAAGACAUGGACAGUUCGACAUCGUACAGAUCUCAUUCCUCCAAUCAAUCCGACACUGCGUCCACAUUGCAAUGAUGACAUAA